GGGAAGCAUGAGAGAUUCACAAUGGAUAGUUGAAUUCAACGACACCACAGCCGAGUUAGCACAUAAUUGGGCUACCAAUGUUAACAACGACCUGAGCAAACUCGCAGAGGCUCGCUCGGUCGAGUCGAUGCAGUGGGCGAAGCACUCAAUUUACCGGAUCCCUCGGAGCGUGAAGGAACUCUGCAGCGGCGCGUACCAGCCGCAGACUGUGUCCAUCGGGCCGUACCACCACGGAGAUCACCAUCUGCAGAGCAUGGAGCAACACAAGCACCGCGCCCUCCUCACUUUUCUCGAAAGGUCGAAAAAGCCCCUCCGCUGCUACCUCGACGCCCUCUCCCCGGUGGUUGAGGAUCUCAAACACGCCUACCACCACUUAGACCCGGUCUGGAUGGACGACACCGAGGCCUUCCUCCGCCUGAUGAUCGUCGACGGCUGCUUCAUAUUGGAAAUCAUGCGGACAGCUGAGUCCGUAGAGAAGAUGGGCUACGCACGCAACGAUCCCGUGUUCAGCAGCCACGGCGCGCUCUACUUCGUGCCUUACCUCAAGCGCGAUAUGCUUAUGCUGGAGAAUCAAAUUCCCCUUCUCGCUCUCGCCAUACUGUUUGCCACCGAAGACGACAACCUCUUAGUCAAUGGUUUGUCUAAGCAUGAGCAGCUGAGCAUGCUGAUCCUGAAUUUCUUCUCCCACCCGCACGAUGCGGAGAAAAUCCAUGAAUACGGGAAAUGCCUGCACAUACUAGAGCUGUGCAGGCGGAGCAUGCUGAUGCGGCUGUCCUGCCAGAAGACGAAGAACCCGAUGAAGAGUUGGCCGUUCGACUCGGAAUGUUUCCCAAGCGGGGGCGCCCUGAAGAAGGGGGACGUGUAUAUCCGGUCGGCGAUGGAGCUGACAGAAGCAGGUAUCCGAUUCAAGAAGAGCAAGACGCGCAGCCUCAACGACAUCUCGUUCCAGGGAGGAGUGCUGAAGCUGCCGCAUAUAAUGGUGGACGACGCGCUCGAGUCAGAGUACCUGAACAUGAUAGCGUUCGAGCGGUUCCACGUGGGGGCCGGGAACGAGGUGACGUCGUUCGUGUUCUUCAUGGACAGGAUCAUCGACAGCGCGAGGGACGUGGGGCUGCUACACUCGUGCGGGAUCAUACAGAACGCGCUAGGAAGCGACAAAGCCGUGGCCAACUUGUUCAACUCCCUGUCGAGGGAUGUCAGCCUCGAUCCCGAGAGCAGCCUCGCAAUUCUGCAUCAGAAGGUGGCGGAGUACUGCGGGAAGCCGCUGCCGCGGUGGAUGGCCUACGCCAAGCAUAACUACUUCACCAAUCCCUGGGUGGGUCUGUCUAUCGUUGCUGCUAUUUUCCUCUUUGCUCUCACUGGCAUUCAGACCGUCUAUACUGUCCUAGGCUAUUAUCAUUCUAAAUGAUACUCUAAUUUCAGUGUAUGUGUGUGUGUUGGAUAUCACUGAAACCAAUUUUUAUUCUUUUGUUCCAUAUGUAUAAGCUUGCUUUUCA